AUGAGAGUCAUCCAGUACAUCCAAGGCCUCAGCUUCGCAAAGAUUCAAGGCUUUUGUAUGCACUCCAAAAGCUUGAUCGCACCGCCUUUAAGCUUCAAAUCCCGCACGGCCCCUGCACGGCCCCCCCAUAACGCCGACCCGCCACGUGCACGAGCGCGUGUGUCACUUUGGAGCGAGGUUAGGAAGAGGAAGGAGGGGGCGGGGCUUGCCGGGUGGCCGCUGCUGCAAACAAAACGAAUCAACGCCAAGCUCAAAUCCAACCCGCGGGUCGCAGAGGCCAUUGUGACGUCCCGCCCACAAGACACGGCAUCAAGUCGGACCCCGAUUGUUUUAUGGAAAUGCAUGCCGAGCUGGCCGGGUGUCUGCCAGGCGGAAGACAGCGAGGGUGGAGUGGAUGGGAUUGGUGGGAGUUGA